CAUCAGUUUUCUGUGGUGUCCUAUCGGACAAACCUAUUUUUGAAAGUGCAGUUUCUAAUUCAGCCACAGCCUUGUGAGGAAUAUGUGUGGUUGGUGUUUGAAAACGCAAGCUUGAAGCUUGUGGAAAUGCGUUUCGGUGCCUUUGAAAUUCGAAACACUUCAGCUAAUUGAAUCAGAGACUUCCACACUUUUUUGAAGAUAGUGCCAGAUCUCAGCGCACUGUCGUUUUCCAGGUGGGAAGUUCAACUUGUAUAUCUUUGUAUAGCUUUCAUGAACUUAGCUAACCCAUCCUUUAAAACAUAGGAAGUCUCCCUCAGAUGUAAAUUCAGCGGGAGGUUUUUAAGAUAGUUUGAAUCUUCGAAGAAGACCUGCAACGGUUGCCGACGCAUCUUCGAAAUGUGGGCAGCCGAGCAGCCGCAGUUUCUCCAACAUCUUCAGCAUCUGGUCCGAGAGGCGCUGCAGCAGCGACAAAACGAGGGCCUGGUGGGACAAGUGCUGAAACAACUGCCCAUGCAGGACUUCAUCGAUUUGUUCGACACCCUGCCGCCGGGUAGCGAUGAGAUUGUGGCGCUCACUGAAGUCCUUGAGAAAGUGAAGGAAAACUUUGAUCGCAUCAUCAUCGACACAGCUCCGACAGGCCAUGCUGUUCGUCUUCUCAGCUAUCCUGACUUCUUGGAGCGCCUUGCAGAACGUGUGGCACGCCUCAGAGAACGCUUCGGCUGGCUGGCGGGUUCCAAAGGAGCGGAGCGGUUCCCGGAAUCGAGCUGCCUUGGUUAA